CUUCCCUUUAGCAUCGCGCGUUGUUUUUCUCUUGGGCGCCGAUAUCAUAUAUGACGGCAUCACAGUGCGACUUUCCCGGAAGAGACGUGGCAGUUGAGCCAAGGGUCAAAAAAAGAGAAAAAGCGCCCCCCCCCCCGUCUGACUCUCCCCGCCCUUUAUCGUGUUUUCUGUGAUUUGUGGCUGCUGAAGUCUCCUGUGUAGAGGUUUUUCUCUCUGAGCAGGGGAAGAAGCAGGUGGAGAAGAGCGAGGGCUGGGGCGCCUGGGUUUCUAAAGAGAGGAAAAGGCGGAACUGGAUACCUGGGGAGCCUGUUUUUCUUUCUCUGGGGCGGGGGAGUGCAAAAAAGGUGUUGCGACUAGGACACCUGGAUUCCUUUUUGAGUGAAGAUUCACCAGGAGGUUAUAAUAUUCUCAUUUUCGUCCUGAGUUGUCACCCUACUGACCGCCAUGGGGCUCUGUAAAUGCCCCAAGAGGAAGGUCACCAACUUGUUCUGCUUUGAGCACCGGGUGAAUGUCUGUGAGAGCUGUAUUGUUGCUAACCAUACCAAGUGCAUUGUCCAGUCGUACCUCCAGUGGCUUCAGGACAGUGAUUACAAUCCCAAUUGCCGGUUGUGCAGUACCCCUCUCUCCACCAAAGAGACAGUUCGACUUGUCUGUUAUGAUCUCUUUCACUGGUCGUGCCUCAAUGAGAUGGCAAAUCAGCUGCCCUCAAACACUGCCCCUGCAGGCUACCAGUGCCCCAGUUGCAAGGCCCCCAUCUUCCCCUCCGCGAACCUAGUCAGCCCAGUGGCAUCAGUGCUACGAGAGAAACUGUCGACAGUCAACUGGGCUCGGGCUGGCCUUGGACUCCCGCUGAUUGAUGAAGCUGACGUGGUCCAGGAGACAGAUUCCCAUGACACCACUGACUACACUGACUGGUCCAGCUUCACAGUUCUCAGCUCAGAGGAGGCCGGCCAGCAGAGCUCCCAGUCAGCCUUUGCCUACAGCCCAAGUGCUAUCCUCCCUGCCUCCCAACCUCAGCAAGUCUUGAAUAAUGGGGGUCUGCAGGAGCAACACACAGUCAUCAGCAUGAAUGCCUUGAGUGGGGAACCAGUCGCCAUGAAUGCAGCUUCCUCACCACGGAAAGUUUAUGACACCCGAGAAGGCGGGGGCGGCAGAGCCUCUGAUGCUCGCAUCGACUUCGACGAAGACAAAUACCGCCGGCGUCCGGCUCUCGGCUGGCUGGCCCAGCUGCUUAAGAACCGCUUCAGCUCCAGGAAGCAGCCACGGUCCUUGAUGCAAAGGUUCAUCAUCCUACUCCUGAUCGGAGGGAUUGGCUUCCUCACCCUCAUCAUCAUCAUGAUGAAGCUGGGCCGGGCCUCAGCUGACAAUGACCCCAACCUGGAUCCCAUGUUCAACCCACACAUCCGGGUUGGGCAGCAGUGAGCAGGGCAGCUUUCGCCCCCGCUGCUGUGCACCCUUCCCUUCUCCAGACCUCCUGGUGACUUGGGGAAGACGGAACUAGGGGAUGAUCUGUGGGAAAACUGCUGCAGCCAGAUGGAACCGCCUUCCCUGGAAGAGCACAUCAAGGCUCUGGUGCCUGCAAGGUCCACUAGGGAAGUUUAGAGAAAGAUGCCUGGAGUGAAGGCAAGUCGUCCUCUUUCUCUCUUCGAACUGUGGAUCCGGAGCUUGAGACAUUAACUGUUUGGAGCCUACAGUUGGCAGCCUUCAAGGAUACUGGUCUACAAGUUCAACGGGGCAGCAGAGGAGGCCCACAAGAUGGACUUCCAGCAGGGGGCAGUGUCUGCCAGAUUGCCCUGAUGUUGUAGAGGAAAAGAGGGGUUCUGGAUCUGGUUUUCCCAGCUGCCAUCUCCUGGAAUCCCUUCUUUCUGUUCUCACCCAGGCCUGCAUCUACUGUAGAGAAGGACAUCCCAGGUUUAGCCCUUGUCACUCGGCCAUGUUCUCUGCUCAGCUGUAAUGGGGGCUGAGAGGUUUGUUUGCUUUUUCCUGAUAUAUUGUUUGAAAUUUAUAAUGGAGGGCUAGGGUUCUAUCAACCCUCAUGCAAGGUCACUUUCUCAAGCCUUCAGUAGUGUGUGAUUCAGUUUGGUCUCCGGGUGUUGGUAAUCUUUCUCCUCCUACAUCAAGUUGGACCAAUAUUCAACAAGCCACAUGUAUUCCAAGAACAUCAGGAAUGCUUCCUGAGAUCUGCAGGGCUUGGCUGGAAGAGCACACGAGGGUGUUCGCAACUGAUACAGUGGUGCUGUCCAAAUCAGGACACUUGCCAGACUGGCAACGUUCCUGAGUGUCUCUUUUCAAUGCAGCCCUGUUCCAAAUGAAACAGGUUGUUUACCCAUUAGCAGGUCUACCCUGCCUUCUUUUGUUUGCCUGUCUGCAGGGCCUCUGCAGCUUUUAGAGGACCAUCUAGCCACAGGAGGAUUUCCCCCCACCCCCCAUCUUAUUAUGUGGGUGUAGGAAGCAGGACCUUGCUGUCAUAGCUCCCGCAAUAUUCUGCUGCGUUACUGGCCCCAGUAAAAUGUUUGUUCUGGUUGGGCUUAAAUCCCAUACUGCCACAAUGGACUCUUUCAUAAUAUUCAGAGGCUGAUUAUUGGAAUAAGGUACAGGACUGUAAUGGCUACUUCUCUACGAAGCUGGUAAAGAAACGUUUGGGGGUUGUAGUUUUUUCUUCUUGGGGUCCUGUUCCUGGGGGAGGGUAAGGAGGUCAUGUUUUUAAGUUAUUUUUGUGAUCUGAAGUGCCCUGAAAUCAAUAGAUGGGCUGUCAGAUCUCUGCACAGUCAACUUCUCGGCUCCAGGCCUUUACCCUUCCCUCCACCACCCCAGCCUCCCAUGGUGGUCCCUGAGCUGGACAGCUAGCAACUGUGUUACCCAAGACCCUAAAAUGGCAGAUACUGCUCUACAGGCAGCAGCUGAGAGUCUGAAUGCAUUGUGUGCUGUGAGCUUCCGUACCAGUUACUGGGUUACUCCUUUGUUCUAAUGCUGUUGCGGAACAGCACUAAAAAGGCCACGUGGCUUUUUUUUACUGCCUUGAUUCAUAGGGUGUGUGGAAAGCCUGGUAGAAACACAAGACUGUGUAAGUCACUAAAGCAAUAGACCUGUAUGUUGCAAUUCUAUUAAACGCUGUUGGCUAAUCCUGA